AGUGCUCGAAAAAAAGUGCAAGAAAUCACAACAAUGUCUCCUACUGAAUGAGAUUUGAGUGUUUAAAAUCGUGGUGCAAAAUUUUUGCUACAAAAUUGUCUUGAAAUUUUGUGUGAGUGUGGUGCGAUGGCGUCCAAUUUGAAGGAGGAAAAUGAUAAUAAUACCUGCUCGCAGGUAGAACUCAACAAAAUGCUGGCCACGACAAAGCGGAACCCCAAGAUUGACUUUAACAAGUCUGAUCUGCUCAAGUUGCUCAGCUACAUGGAGGGGGAGCUCCAGGCUCGGGAUGUCGUCAUAGCAGCUCUCAAGUCUGAGAGAAUUAAGCAGCUCAUCAACAUCACACACUACAAACCACCGAGUCUCAAUGAUCCACAUGCUGCACUCUUUAGGGACAACCUUGUGUCUGCCGGCAAUAUUGCCAGUAGGCAGUCUUCUAUUGCAGCAGCUUCAUCGGAGCAGGAGGCGAGAUCGUACCCGAGUCAGCAGCUUGAGUAUCUGCAGAAGACCAUUUCCAGUCAACGGCAGACGGUUCAUACUAUUACGGGACUCCUGAAGCAGUCCAAAGAGAAGUACUGUCAGGCGCUGCAGGAUCUCGAGGAGGAGCGUCGCAGGAGUGCCAGCAAUGAUCCCAUCACGACUGCCGAACGCGUUCAGCUGCGACAGGUAGUCUUUGAGGAAUUGGAAAUUGAGAAGAAUACCCGGAAGAAAGCUGAGGAUGAGUUGAAGAAGCUCCAGAAGACUCUGGAUGCAGAAAGGGCGCGUCAGAAGCAGAUGGUACUGUUUCUCUUGAGUGAACGCAAGCAGAUCAUCAUGAAGUACAAUGAGGAGCGCAAGAGAUCAGAAGAUCUGGCUCAAAUCCUGUCGGAAGAGAAACAACGGGUGGACACAAUAGCCGAAGGCUUAGAGGAGGAAAGUAAGAAAUCAUUGAGAAUGGAGGCUGAACUGGAGAAGCAGAUGCAGACAUUUGAUGCUGAACGGAAGCUUCUGAAGGCGGCCAAGGAAAAGGAAGAGAAGCGCAUUAAGGAACUGGAACAUGAGAUCCUCCAGAUUCGUUCGGAGUAUGAUAACUUGAAGAAGAGCCUGCUGGGAAAUGUUGGUCAGCUGGAUGAUGCAAGUGGGAUCAGUCCAAUGAUGUCGAGUGUGGCCAAAGUGGUUCAACCUACGGCUACUGUGUCCAGUGUUCCGGUGUCCGGACCGACAACUGGCGUGGCGAGAUCAAUUUCAACCGGCCAGACUCUCCGACAAACAGCAACAAUGCCAGAGACUGCAAGUGGAUUUGCCACAACAAAGGCUGCUCCAAGAAAAAUGCCCAGCACUCCGGCCAUGCAGCCAAAUUCAGUUCCUGCAUCCACCGCUGCUCCAGUCAAUUUGGCUACCAUUAACCCUAAGCCGAGUGUGUCACUACCUCAGCAGCAGGCGCUGCAAAAGAAGUCCCCAGCAAUGCCACCUUUGGGCAGAGGUGUUCCUCCCCCAAUUCCACCCAAUAAGCCCGUAAUUCCACCAAAGAGGGAUGCAUCCUCGUCAAGAAUCACGCCAGCGGGUUCCGCUACAGGAACGACCGGUAAAGAGAAGGACGAGGCGGCUAUUGUAGGUGACAUAGCGACAACGGAAAACGAUCUGGGACAGAAUUAUCAACAGAUCGCAUGCGGAGGCAACAGUGGCAAGUAGAUGCGCAUCAAUGCGCCUUUCCUUUUUCCAGAAUGGUCAAAUGUUAAACGUGGAGUCGCUGCUUUAGCGACAUUUUCUAAAGCUUUUUACUGAGAAUGAUAAGCGAGAGUGAAUUGCAUCGUUUAGGGUUUUUUUUUAAAUAUUUAUUAUUUCUAAUAUUUGACAAGAAAAAGGUCUAGAAACACACAGAAAGUCACAAGAAAAGGAGAAUGAUCUCAAAGUUGAUCUCAAGUUUUGAAGGGAUUAGGCAAUUUUACAAUUAAGAUUCGAAUUAAAACAAGUUGAUUAUAUUUAUUUUAAUAAUUUAUUCAACACUUGCAACAACGACAUCACACACAUCAUCGAAUAAGGAAACACUGUCCAGAAAAUCCAGAAUAAUAUUUAAAGACAAUUUAUUGAAAGAAGCAUCUCAUGACCAAUUUUCCAAGCUAUUUUUUAGGUUUUUAAUCUGUUUUAGUUGGGAUAGAAAAAAAUAAAACUUUUAGAAUUCUUUUAACUUAAAACUCUGGAAAGGAGAACUAUAAAAAGUUGUUUGUUAAGAUUUGUUUUUUUUUUUUGAUUUCUGAAAUAUGUUCGAAACUUCUAGGGGCUAGGAUAAGCCUGAAUAGAGAAGUCCUAAAUCUGGAAAUCCGAGUAAGAUUUCGGUUAAUGGUUAGAAAGAGUUCUUCAGAUAUCUACAACAUUCUAAAACUUUAAAAGUGAAAACAUAUUUUUAGACAUCACAUUUUCUCGUAUUAUCUUACUGCCCACUUUAUCCAAAUCUUCUAAACGGAGGAAUAAAAGAUCUUAUUAAACUAUCGACCUAUAUCCAUGUCGUCGCUCCAGAUUUUGAGGGAGGCUAGACUGACCAUCUUCUAAGUCUGAGAGUCUUCAUUUGAGCGUCUCUGAACUUUAAAGUGAUUCUAGAGAACGAUUUCUUUGAGAGCAUAUAUCCAAUAUUACACACUAAUGCCUAAGGAAACGAGCCAUUAAACUUCGAAACGUUAAUCCGUUUUUUGUACUAUCCUACAUUAACAUUUGAUUUUCACAUAAAGAAAA